AAGUCGCUCAUGAUUGCAGAAGUACUUCUUGUCCUUGCGGGCCAUUCGUCCUCCCUUUUCCCCACCGACCACAAGGUCCAUCCUAAUUUUGCGCCUCUCCUUCAUCCCGGAGAGCAACAAUGUCUCGAAGCUUUGGCACGGAUAGCCUGCAUAUACCGCAAGAUCAAGCAGACCUCCAACGAUCUUGCACGUUCACCGUCACGAUAUGUAUCGGCUUUAUGCGCGACAUUGAACCAUAUCCUGCGAACAGAAUACGAAAGCCUGGUCGUCGACACAGAAGCCAAAAUCCUCAAGCGCGACAGCAGCCUCGUUGCUAGAGGCUCUUUCGUCCCACUGUCAUCUAUCCGUGCCAUAUUCGCCGAAUGGGAUGCACCUCUUGUAGCUCUGGAGUCCCUCAUGGACGAGCUACAAUCAACAGCACAGUGGCAGCCAGGACCACUCAUUGACCUACUUCUAGCCCGCUCUAAUACAGGCGUACAUCGCACCGCAUCCAUCUAUUCUCGUCUUUGUGAAGCUGUCCAAAGAGUCUGGAUCGCACAGCUUCAGGCUUUCAUGAUUCAUGGCUCCGUAGCAUCCACCGACCCUUUGGCAUCUUCCGACUACAUGCUCUCAGAAGGUGCCAUGCCUAACUGUGUCUCAACCCAGUCUCGGGACUCUAUUGCCUACGUCGGUCGUGCCAUCGGAACUGUGAAGGCGGCUCGAUGGGAGAAGCAGUUCCCCAGGCAGCAGGCCAUGGAACACACCAAGCACCUAGACAGCGUCCUGCCCCAAGAUCGCUAUGAGUUCGACCGGAUCAUCGCAGACAUCCGUAUUGCUGUUAGCGAGUGGUUAUGGCUUAAUGUCCUGACUCAGAAAGAUGUCGAUGACGCCGUCGAAUCACUAGCGAGCUACUUCUUGCUACGAAACGGCGAAUUUGCGCUGUCUCUCAUUCGCGAGAUCGAGCGGUUGAAGAUGUCCAGGCUUACUGGCAGGACAGGGCCGAACACAAUGAUCAGGGAACAAGACUUGCGACUUGCUCUCCUCCGCGCCUCGCUCGGUACGAGUGCUCAACAUGAUGCUUCGCUUUCUCGCCUCAGCUUCCAGCUGCCGACUGGCCCUCUCCGUCCUUUGCUACCUUCUUUUGGUCACGGUCCCUUGGUCAACGAUGUGUUGGCAUCAAUGAGCAAUCUGCCAGAGCACACGCCGUUCGACGAUCUGUUGCUUGGCACCCCGCUUAUUCUCAACUACAGUGUAUCAUGGCCACUGGACCUCUUCUUGCACGCAUCUGACUUGCGAAUCUACGCCGCACUCUUCGCCUAUCUCUCCUCGCUACGUAAAACGCACACGCGCGUGCACUUGUGCUGGACAGCCCUUUCCAACGCACAACGGGCACGGCGAAGAUGGACCGGCCUGGGGGAAGGCGGUACCGCAGAAGACCUAGAAGUGCGGAAAGAACUGCUGCGGUGUGGCUGGGGCGUCGUCCGUGAGAUGAGCUGGUUCCUGGACACCCUACUGGGCUAUGUUAUGACGGAAGUUGUUGACAUCGAAUUCCGGAGACUAAAGGUCUUGCUCGCGGGAAAACCUGCUGCGAUUGCCAGACAGAUGACGGGUGGCCAAUCGCGUGGCGAUUUGAACCCGGCUUCAGCAUCAACCUUUCCCACAUCCCACAGCACCGCGUCCACUGUGUCGUCCACGCAUCUAGACUUCACAACUUUGCGCCAGCUACACGCCACUUAUCUCGAACGACUCAUCACUGGUUGUCUGCUGUCCAAUUCAGCUCUGACAUCUGUCAUUCGCUCAAUUCUCGAGCUCUGCGAACAAUUUGUCGCGCAGGUCGAGCGAUGGGGCGGAGACAUCCUGCCAGAACUUCUAUCCGAGGGCAGUCUAGGCGCAAGGGGCGACAGAGUGGGCGAGAUGGUAGAAGAACGAAGGAAGAUAGUCGCGGAAGUCAAUGAUGCCCUGAAUGCGCUGCUCGAGUCGUUUUAUGAGCAGCUAUCGUUAUCGACAACUCAGCAGCCUUUCUCGGCGGGUCCUGACGCCUCGAAAUCGACGAUGUACAAUAUGAGCACGGCGAACACGACGGGAUUCCACACAUUCAUUCGGCCGAAGCGUGGUAAAGGCCUUGCGGGCGACGAAGAGGUCCGACGGCACGUCGAGAGACUGUUGCUGCGUUUGGACUUCAACGGCGAGUUCUCAACGCAUAGAGUCGGCCGGCGAGCAAGGCAAAAGGGCUUGGACAUUUUGAAGGAGGGCGGACUCACGUAGUUCGCGUCUUUGACGCGUUUGAUGGCGCAGCUAUCUGGCAGAGCUUCUGUCAAUUUGCAGACGAAUGGUGCUACUUUUCAGCAGAUGUAGACGUGGCAGGCGGCGAUUCAAUAUAUUCGAGACGAGUACGUUAAGUCAAGGUGGUGAAAACGGUUUGAGAUUAUCCGAUCUGAGG